AACUUGGUUCCAACACAGAGGAAACAUGGCAAAAAGAUCAGAUUUUGCACAGAAGCUGUUAGAUGAUCUCCGGGCUCGGAAGGAUCGAAUAUCUGCAUCUCAGAGCUCAAAAAGUUCAAAGCCACUAGCUGCAGAUGCAUAUUCUUAUUCGAAGCAAGCAUAUAGAGGAUCCAGAGAAAUGAAAACGCAUGGACCUAGUGGCUUAAAAAACGGAAGUGCAUGCCAUAAGUCUACGGGAGGCAGCAGAACACUGUCCGUUGGAGAAGCUUCAAACAAGAUUAUUCCUUUUGGGAGAGGUAGAAGCUCAGAACAUGGAGAUCUGUCCUUGGCACUGGCUUUUGCCCUUGAGAAUGGAGGAAAACUCAGAAGAAUGGACUCAGCUGGCAACAGUUCCAUGCUGGAUUUCCUGAAUCAGAUUGGCAGAAGAUCAUUUGAUCUGGCCAAGAUGGAAAGAAGCAGCAUUGAUAGGCACAGAUCAGCAACUAGCCACUUCCCUACUGUUUCUCAUCUCCAUAUCAAAGAAAUAUCUAAGGGGGCACAAAAAUUAAAUCAGAUCCUAAGUGCCUGCUCUAAUGGUCUUAACUUCGACAGAUAUUCAAUAGAAAUAGGAACAGAACUAUUGAAGGGUGCCAUGGAGUUAGAAGAGUCCCUUCGCAUGCUAGUAAACCUGCAAGAAGCUUCAGAGUACAUGAUCAGCCCACAAAGCAAAACUCGGAUCACUUUGCUUGAUGAUGAUGAAGAUAACGAUAACAUCAAUGUCCAGCAGGAUGACAAUAAGCAACUUGCUCAGAGAAUAUUCUCUUUUGACAAGCCUUCAAAAAAUUCUCAUUACAUCCAGGAAGCCGCAAGGACUGAUCUCAAGCAAAGGCUAAUGGCCCUGACUUACAAAUCAGAAACUACAAACUUUGACCAUGAUACACACACUUUAAGCACCACAAAUUCCACUUUUCAGACACAGCCAGCUAGCUACAGCCCCAACGUGAAAACUUUUCAAGCACUCUCAGAGCAUAAGAAUCACUCAGGUCCAUCAAAACUGAAACCAGAAAAUGGGAGAAUUCCAAAUGUAAUUGCAAAAUUAAUGGGGCUGGAAGAACUUCCAGGAAAUGAUGGUUCAAAAUAUAUCACAAACAAAGAGUCCAGUUCUAAGGGAAAAACAGAGCAGACAGCUGCAAAGAAACCUCCAGAUGGAAGCCUUACACAUGAACGGAAGACAAAAGAUGCUGGGAUUUUGUCCUCUCCAAUCAGGAAACAUAAACAGAUACAAUCCAACCAAAUUCAAUCAGCUCAGGACAUGACACAUAGCUUGCAAGCAGAAAGGAAUCUAGCAAAUCGACAUACUAGAUUUGAAGGGAGUAUUCAUGCUGUAAAAUUAGUGCAGGAGGAUGUGGAAUGGAUAAAACCAACUAGAAGCUCAAACAAGGCCAACAUGAACAUAGCUAAGCAUCAGAGCAACAUCGACCAAUCAAGCCAAAGUAUAGGAAAUCAAAAGGAUAUUAAGGAGAAAGAGCAAAAACAGGAUAAUCCAAAGCUGAGGGAACUGAAAAGCAAUAAAAAGGGUGAAACUAAGGAACUAAUCCUAAAGCGUCAGCCCCAGCAGAUGACACAUCAGCCACCAAAUGGAUCUGAAGCCGCAACACUGCUGCAAGGGCAAGUAGAGUGCAAUUUGACCAUGCUUAAAACAGAAAGGAUAGAUGUACAUAGGCUGCCAUCCGACAAUCAGCUGAAGUCUUUUGAUGAUCUUGCAUUCCAACAAACUCAAAUGCUCCAAAAUGUUGAGUCCCAAGGUGGAAAACAUCAUGCAGAAGAAAAUCAGCAGCAGAGUGUUAAAGAGAAGAUACAAGUGAGAAGGCAAAUAGGAAGUGAAACAAGGCGCUUGCCAAAAAAGCAUUCACAUAAAAGCCCAGCAAUAGCUGAUAAUGGAAGCUACUCAGAAUCAAACGGUACAAUACAAUCCACGGGCUUCCCAAAUAAAAGGCAGCACGGAGAUCUUGUCCAAGAGAAAAGUUCUUCUAAUUGCAGCAUUAACAUGCAGGAUUCAAUGAACAAGAAUUCAAAUCAAAAUACCUCUCCAAGGAAUCUGAACUCUGAAGUUAUAAAAGGAAAAAAUAGAACCGGUAUUCCACCAGAGAAAGAAGAGAAACCUGUUCAUCUACUACCAGCAGUUCAGAAGGGAAAAGUUACAAAAGUGCAAAAAGUUGAGGUUCCUCAAAAGACUGAUAAACUAGCGAUAAGAAGAAUCGGAAAUCCUCACAACUUGGCAAGGCCACUGAAACAUCAGACUUCCAUAAUGCAACAAACAAAACAGAGAAGAAAUAAAAAACUUGUACAAUCCAAGGAAGAAGAGCGACUGAGACCCAGCAGGUCCAAAGAAGCAGAAUCGUGCAUUAUUAAAUCCAAUAAAUCAGUAUCAAGCAUGCAACAACCAAACAUGUUGGAAGAACUACAAAGUCAAGCUGAAAAGCCUUCCACCUUGUGCUGUCCUCCUACAGAUGAUGAAUGCCAAAACCUAAACGGACCACAAAUCCUAGCUCCAGACGAAAUCUCAUCAUCAAUGAUAAAAGAUCAACAAGGUCAUGAACCUGACAUUGACAUAGACAAAUGCAUAUCUCACAGCUCUUUAUUGGAUCCACUUAGCAGAACUCAUGAAGAUAGGAAAGAUACAACUUACCCCUCACAACUGGAGAAUCAAAAAGUAUCUGAAUUGGAAACGCAAGAGUUACUAACAGAAAGUGAAGAUCACCUCAAGCAGAUCCUGAUAAAAAGUCCCCUAUUUCUUAACACAGCAGAGGCACUUUUCAAACUCAACAUUCCUCUUGACAUUCGCCAUGCUGGUGGUCAUGAUUAUCAUGAUGAAGAGAGCAAGCUCAUAUUAGACUGUGGAUAUGAAGUAAUGAAAAGGAAAGGGAAAAGGCAAGAGCUCAGUGUUAAUCCUUUCAGGAGGAUUUCUAUCACUUCUCCUAAGGUAAGCUCCUUGGAUGACUUGAUUAAGCAGUUGGAUAAAGAUUUCAAGAAGUUAAAAUAUACAACGGAAUGUGUUGUUGAAGACUACCUCCCAAAAAUGCUUGAGAUUGAUGUCUACAACAGGGAUCUAGACGUGAAUUGUAUGUGGGACUUUGGCUGGCACGAGAUGACGUUCACAUUGCUCGAAAAAGAUGACGUUAUAAGGGACGUGGAGAGGCAUGUACUCAAUGCACUCCUUGAUGAGGUUACUAGAGAUCUGCUAGUAUUUUGAUUAAAUUGAAGAAAUAAUUCCUAGUAUGUUGGAAUUCCAAUGCACAUUGAAACAAGAAUUUUGUGUGGCUUAUUUGGUUUUCAUCCAAGGAACUUCAAUUAUACUCCUUAUGUUUCUCUUAACUGUAAUGCUUACUGUAGAUUAUCUGCUUGUGUAUAAGUGAAGUUCAAUCAUUUUAUUA